AUGGCCCGUCUAGCCGGCCUCGUUGCCAUCCUCGCGCUCGUCCAGCCCGCUCUCGCCUCCUUUUACACAGUGACCGAGUACUACUUGCUCGUUGAAAGCGUGGUCAAGCUAGACGAGACGUGUACCGAGGACUGCUAUUACUACACAGACACCGACCUCCGCACGGUCAAGCCGACGGUGACGCCCACGGCAAAGCCCGUCUCGACCUCAACUUGGACGUACACGUACAAUGACGUCGAAAUCGUGAGCGUCUUUCUCACCGACGGCGUCGGCGAGAGCGAUCUCGUCCCGACCACGACUACCGACGACAACCUCUACACCAACUUUGCCGUCAUGGUUACCUGGACGGCUCCGUCCAGCUGUCCCACCCCGUUUACCGUCGUCGGCGACGCGUACGUCUACAUACCCUACGAUGUGCGUCCCUACCUGGAAGCCGAGUCGACGGCCACGACCGUCUACACCGACUACGAGAACAGCGUCCACACGUACCUGACCAAGUAUAUCGACCCGACCGCGGUGCCGCCGACCGCGCGCCCGACCGCCCAGACGACCGCGUACGAAUACAGCUACUACAUCAAAAACUGCCGCAACCCGACGGCGACCAAUCCGUCCGAGUACUACGGCCCGACCUACACGGCCGGGAGCGGCGGCUCUCGCGGCGGUAGCGGUUCUUACAGCGGCGGCGGCGGCGACGACGACCGUGACCGGACGUGGUGCUCGACUUACACGGGCUGUGUGGUUGCGGCGUGGGUCAUUGCGGUGGCGACCGUCUUGCCGACCAUCUUCCUGCUGGGCUUCGUCGAGUCGUACCUCUGGUUCCGCCGCAUGAUGCUGGGCAAGCCGGCGCUGCGCCUGGGCACCAUCUGCUGGUGCUGCCUCUCCCUCUGGUUCAUCCUGCUCACCCGCCGCUCGCCCGGGCGCAGCCCCGAGGACCGGGUCCUGCUCCGGCAGUACUGGGACACCCUCGGCGCCGGCACCCGCAUCAAGCUCUGGUUCAAGCACGGCUUCCGCUGGCGCUACCCCGUCGAGCUGAUCGGCAACCCGGACGGCAACAACCCGGUCAUCAUCCCCACCUACGCCCCUCCUCCGCCGCCGCCGCCCGCAGGUGGGCCGGCAGAUGCGAAUGGGUCCGAGAAGGCCCCCUUCGCCGUGCACCAGCAACAGCAGCCGGCCAUGUACGCGCCCUCGCCGUUCCCGGGCGGGCCGCAGCAGCAGCAGCAGCAGCAGCAGCAGCAGCAGCAGCAGCCAUACUACAUGCAACCCUUCCCCGGGCAGCCCUACUACCCGCCCCAGGGACCCCCUCCGCCGGGUCAGGGUCAAGGGUACGGGAUGGCGAUGCCCGCGCCGCCGCCGGGGACGUACGUCCCGGGCCAGCAGCAACCGCCACCGGCGCCCCAGCCCCAGCCCCAGCCCCAGCAGCAGCAGCAGCAGUCACCGCAGCAACAGCAUGCUUCCUCCUAUUCCCCCUCGCCGGCCCCCACAGGGGCGACGGAGAUGCCGUCGCAACAGUCGUCUUCGGGCACAGGAUCACCUGCUCCAGGAACUGAGCAGCAGCCGCAGCAGCAUUAA